GGACAGAAUCGGGGCUAGCAAGCCCCUUCCCCGGCCCCUACGGAAAGGUGAGUCCAUGGGCCGUCCUGACGAAGUCAAAACACUUAGUCUGGCCGUUUCAGUGUGGACCCCAUCAGCAGCCAGGCCAUGGAACUCUCUGAUGUCACCCUUAUUGAGGGUAUAGGUAAUGAAGUGACUGUGGUGGCAGGUGUGGUGGUGCUGAUUCUAGCCUUGGUCCUAGCUUGGCUUUCUACCUAUGUAGCAGACAGCAGUAGCAGCCACUUCCUAGGCACUAUUGUGUCAGCUGGCGACACAUCCGUCCUCCACCUGGGGCAUGUGGACCAUCUAGUGGUGGGCCAAGGCACCCCUGAGCCAACUGAACUCCCCCAUCCAUCAGAGGGUAAUGAGGAGAAGUCUGAAGAGGCUGGAGAAAGUGGGGGAGACUCUGCAGGGGAGCCUGGAGCUGGAGGUGGUGUUGAGCCCAGCCUUGAGCAUCUGCUUGACAUCCAAGGCCUGCCCAAGAGACAAGUAGGCCCAGAGAGCAGCAGUCCAGAAGCCCCUCUGAGAUCUGAGGAUAGCACCUGCCUGCCUCCCAGCCCUGGCCUCAUCAAUGUGCGGCUCAAAUUCCUCAAUGACACCGAGGAGCUGGCUGUGGCCAGGCCAGAAGAUACUGUGGGUACACUAAAGAGUAAAUACUUCCCUGGACAAGAGAGCCAGAUGAAACUGAUCUACCAGGGCCGCCUGCUGCAGGACCCAGCCUGCACACUUCGUUCCCUGAACAUUACCAACAACUGUGUGAUUCACUGCCACCGCUCACCCCCAGGGUCAGCUGUUCCAGGCUCCUCAGCUUCCCUGGCCCCCUCCUCAGCCACUGAGGCCCCCAGUCUCGGUGUCAGUGUGGGCAGCCUCAUGGUGCCUGUGUUUGUGGUGCUGUUAGGUGUAGUCUGGUACUUCCGUAUCAAUUACCGCCAGUUCUUCACAGCACCUGCCACUGUCUCCCUGGUUGGGGUCACUGUCUUCUUCAGCUUCCUAGUAUUCGGGAUGUAUGGACGAUAAGGACAUAGGGAGAAAAUGAAAGGCAUGGUCUUCCUCCUUUAUAGCCUCCCCACUUUCCUGGCCAGAGCUGGGCCCAAGGGCCUGGGAGGGAGGGGUGGAAAGGAUAAGGUGGGUCCCCUUCCAUAGGACAAAGGAGGCUGGUAUGGGGCUUCCCCUUCAUGUCCAUGAGGGUACAGACAUCUCCUCUGUGCAAGCACAACUCAGGUAGAAAUGAGGAUGUCCUCUUCCUUCACUUUUAGGGUCCUGGAGUUCAGAGCCACAUUGGUGGCCCAGCUUAGUGGAGAGCCUAGGCUCUGAGGAUUUUCUCCUAGCAGUGACCCUAGCUCUUCCCAUUGUCCUGCAUGUGUGUUCUUCAGCAUCCAGGGCCACCUGCCAGAGCAGCUUAGCAUGGCCCCAGGACACUUCUGUAGGGAGCCUGGAGUAUCUUUUAAUUCCUUAGUGGAAUACCCAUUUUUUGAGACUAAAAUCACACAGGCAGGAAUGAAGGCUGUGUCAGCUUGCCCUAUAGGCACCUAACUGCCUCUCCCUUCUCCCUCUACCCCUGUAGCAGGAAUAUGGUGUUCUCCAUGCUCUGGACAGUUUCCAGUGUUCUAUUUUUUCAAAGCACUUUGCUUGUAUUCUUUAUUAUUAUUUUUUAAUAGUCCUUUAUAGAACUCCAUCAGGAAGGUAAUUGGGGCACAAAGCCAAGCCCCCCAGCAUUGGGAGAGGCCAGGCCACAGCUGCUGCUACCCUAGGGCUAAGGCUGUAAGCAAGAAACAGCUCUGGCUCUCAGCCAGUGCUGCCCAGCUCCAAGGAGCUCUAGGUAUGGAGCACUGUGCCCCAGGCCCAUGCCUCUGGUCAGUGUCUGUGACUGAAUAAAGUUCCAUUUUGUGGCUGUGGAGCCUCCUUCUGUGAAAU